UUGGUUCAGUCAGUGUGUCUUUCUUUUGUCCACACAAGGAAUGCGAAACCGUAAAAAAAGAAAAGUCACCCCGUAGUUCCGAGGAAGGGCUGUGUUCAGCGGGAAGUCUCGCGAUAGUUCCGGUGACCGUAACAUGGCGGUGUCUUGUGUUUACAAAUUCGCAGCAUGACUUCGUGACUGCUGCUAUCCCAGUCCAGUGUGCUGCUACGUUGUUGGCAUUCGAAUACUCCAUUUCGGUAAAGAAGAGGUUCGCCUUUGCCGUAGAGGCUGUGAAACCUAAUAGAAAAACCGUAAGGCCGACCAAAGAGUGUCCCGUGUAGUGGGUGAGGUGAUGACCACAACCUCCCCCAGACAUCCACAGUGCAGGAAGAAGCACCCUAGUAGCACCUACCACACUAACGUCUGACAGGCAGGGAGCCAGGAUAUACAACUCAGCACUGUGACGCCGGGGGAAAGAAGAUUUGAGAGGAAGCACCGAAGGAUAGGACGAAAGAGUGAUCGAGAGAGAUGUCUGGUCCAGUAGAGGGGGGUGAAAGUGGGGAUGUGGCAGAAGUUGGGCGGGAGGCAGAGGCGGAAAGCGAGCCUCCUCAAUCAGCUCCACCUCUAUCCCAGGGUGAGUUCUUGGAACUGGGGGAGAAUAAAGAAGAGGCCCCUCCAGCGGCUAAGCAGCCCAGGCUCAGUGGAGAGGGGUUGGGGCUGAGUCUCAGCCUGGACCCCCCUGAUACACAUGGAGGACCCAUAGAACAGGCAGGAUUGGGGCAGGAAGACUUGGCUGUACUGACCCAUAAUGGAGACGCCAACCAGCCAAGUGUGAUGGAAGGAGGAGAAGACGACAUUGGAGCCAAAGAAGUAGAAUGGCAUGAGAAUGGAGCUCCUUGUGAGGAUCAUGGCACAGGAGAGGAGAAGGUGGAAGAGGGGGAACAGGAAAGCUCAGCUGAAAGCACUAGCGAAGGACAAAACCUGGGUCUCGAUUUCAGCCAGAACCCCCAGAUGCUGACUGGUUCCUGGGCUGAGUACUCCAGCCUCCCUGAGAACUACCUCAAGGGCUGCAAAUGGGCCCCAGAUGGCUUGUGCAUCCUGACCAACAGUGCAGACAAUGUGCUGCGUGUCUACAACCUCCCCCCUGAGAUCUACAGCUACAACUGGGACCUGCUCACUGAGAUGAGUCCAGUGCUGAAGAUGGCAGAGGGGGACACCAUCUAUGACUACUGCUGGUACCCCAAGAUGAGCUCCCUGGACCCUGACUCCUGCUUUAUAGCCAGCAGCAGUCGUGAUAACCCGGUCCAUAUCUGGGAUGCGUUCUACGGGGACCUGCGUGCCAGCUUCAGACCCUACAACCAUCUGGACGAGCUGACCGCAGCCCACUCCCUCUGCUUCUCCCCAGACGGGUCACAGCUCUACUGCGGCUUCGACAAGACAGUCAGGGUGUUCUACACAGACAGGCCUGGACGAGAUUGUGAGGAAAGGCCCACUGUAGUGAAGAAGCAGGGUCAGGGUCAGAGUGGCAUCAUCUCCUGCAUGGCGUUCAGCCCGUGCCAGUCUGUGUACGCCUGUGGCUCGUACUCCCGCACCGCAGGCCUCUACUCCUGCCAGGACGGCUCUCAGCUGGCCCUGCUGCCGCCCAGGCACCACGGGGGCAUCACACACCUCACCUUCUCACCCGACGGACACUACCUGUACACUGGGGGUCGCAAGGACCCAGAGAUUCUGUGCUGGGACCUGAGGGACCCGGGAAAGAUUCUGUUCUCUCUGAAAAGGAAUGUGGCCACCAACCAGCGGAUCUACUUCGACCUGGACCCGUCUGGCCGGUACUUGUUGAGUGGUGAUACAGAGGGGGUGGUGUCAGUGUGGGACACCCUCACAGCUCCCCCCGAUGGUAACCAGGAGCUACUGCAGCCUCAGCUUCACUUCCAGGCCCAUAGGGACUGCACCAAUGGCAUCAGUGUCCACCCCUUUAUGCCGUUGCUGGUGUCGUCCAGCGGGCAGCGCCAGUUCCUCUCCCCGGGGGACAGUAGUGAUGGAGACUCCUCGGGCUCUGAGGGAGAUGUCGUGAUGUUAUCACCUACCCCAGAGGUCAGACAGGACAACGCUCUGACUGUGUGGUGGGCCGGACCACUUAGCCCAGCCAGCGAGGGGGCGCAGGAGGAACCACCGCCAGUGGUAGUGAUUGAUUGAUUGUGGAUUAGCCCAGCUCAACCCCCCCCCCCCCCUCUGGACUGAACAAAUAUCAAACUGCCAAUAUGAGAAAAUGUAGUAGUAGUACGUUUUCUGUUUAAAAGUAUGGCAAUCAAUAUAUUGAGUUGUCCCUUGGAUCCAACGAAUUACAGUUUCCCCAGUCUCGAAGCCAAGGUACAAACUAUUGUGAACGCUAACAUGCUACUAUGCUAGCAGGGAGCUUACCAAUUCCAAACUAAAUGUAAUUGUAAAACCUCUCAGGUUCAGAUGACCACCACAGCCAGACCAGGCCCUGUGUGUUGGAUGAGCACAGUGUACGUUGCGUUGUGUUGAAUGUACACCAAUCUACCAUCCAAUCAUAUGUUGCUCUAGGGGAGUGUUCAGUUUACCUCGUGUUAGUCUUUUUUUAUUGUUGUAAGUGCCAAGCUGGUGCCAUGGCGUCGCUAUACAUCAGUAAAUGUAUAUUUUUGUAAAGCCAUGAUGAAUAUUGUAGUUUCUGAAUGUAUUAAAAUCGGUAAGCAGUUAGCAUAAUUGCAGUAACCACAAACAGACGGAUACGGCAAACGUCUUUUUUUGUAUAGUGAACGAGAUAACAGACCAACACAAACGUCGGUCUGUCCUUUUCUAUUCCUUUCCCAGCGAGUCAACAUGACACCUAGCAAGUGAUCUACUGCGCACAGCCGAUGUGGGACUAAGACUGCACGAACGACUUCUUGUGGAGGGGGGAAAUGAUUAACAAGAUUUGUAUAGGAAGAACGGUUGUGUUGUAGCACAAGUGAUAUUGUUUGUAGAAGUAACCUACUAAAUGCUUUUUUGCAAGUUCUCCGUU